CAAUAUAUAAUUCCUCCUGAGGACCUUCACAAAACCAGAAUCUGGCGAAUCAAAAGCUUUGGUUCGUCACUUCGUCCAAUCCCGUUUCCUAGAGAGAGAGAGAGAGAGAGAGAGAAUGGCGUCGUGGAAUUCCGUUCACCUAGAAGUGUUAUCGAACGUCUUCGGAUGGACUGCCUUCUGUGCCUGGUCCAUCAGUUUCUACCCCCAAGUCAUCUUGAAUUUUCGCCGGAAAAGUGUGGUAGGGUUGAAUUUCGAUUUCGUGCUGCUGAAUUUGACCAAGCACUCUUCUUACCUCGUCUACAAUGCUAGCCUCUUCUUCAGCUCCGUUGUUCAGAAGCAGUACCGCGAGAGAUAUGGCCUCGAUCAGUUGAUACCUGUAGCUGCGAAUGAUGUGGCUUUUUCAACGCAUGCUGUUCUACUCACUGCGUUUACCUUGUUCCAAAUUGCUAUUUAUGACCGUGGAAAUCAGAAGGUCUCAAAGACUUGUAUUGCAAUUGUUUCUGUUGCGUGGUUAGCUGCAGCAGUUUGUGUUUUCAUAGCUUUGCCAAGCCAUUCUUGGCUUUGGCUAGUCUCCUGCUUUAACACACUGCAGGUUGUUAUGACUACCAUCAAAUAUAUUCCUCAGGCAGUCAUGAACUUUCGGCGGAAGAGCACCAUUGGUUUCAGCAUUGGCAACAUUUUACUUGAUUUGCUUGGAGGGGUGGCAAGUUAUGGCCAGAUGGCUGUGCAAUCUAUUGAUCAAAAUUCCUGGGUGAACUUCUAUGGAAAUAUUGGCAAGACCUUGCUAUCAUUUGUGUCAAUCUUCUUUGACCUACUCUUCAUUGUGCAGCAUUAUGUGCUCUAUCCUGCCAAGAAAACAGCUCUCUCUCCCGAUCCCGAUACGGUAAGCCAGGAGCCACUUCUUAAAUCUUCAGAUGGCCCAGAAAAAGAAAAGGUCUAGUCAUUACCCCUGGAUAUACAUUAUAUUGAACUUCAUAACUCCAUGUAAAAUUAAAGCCUGAAAUUGUGCAUUUUGUUGCUCCUGUUGCAUAGAAAAACCCCUCCUUUUGUAUACGAAGGUACUCGUCGUUGAAAGAAAAUUCUUAGCAAUUAAGGACAAUGUGUAUAGCCAUUGAAGUUAAUGUAAAUUGCUGGCUCUGAUUUAUUA